AUGGAUCCACAACUUGUUUCGUGGCUGCAUAAUUCGCACGCGGGUGUUCACUAGAUUCGAUUCGAUGUAUCCUCCGAUGCCCAGACUCACCAGAAGAAGAGGAUGAAGGGAAUCGUGCGGAUCGACAACUCCGCGCGGAGAAUCGUCUUGCUUGAGGCCAGUUCUCAUCGCCGAUGAUGGCGACGACAGUUGGAGGCAGCCGUAGGUUGUGGAUGAGCAGCACAAGGAGUCGGAUCUGAGGCUGUCGAUGAGACUGCAGUCAUACGCAGUCACCAUCCGGCGGAACCUCCCCUCGUGCGUCUUUGUCCCCCGAGCCAUCAUCGACCUUGUCGGAAGAGUGCUCCUCGAAAUAGCUGGGCCGCACGCACUCUCCCUCCGAGCCUCUCGGCCUCUCGGCUACAGCUCGGGGGAAUGGGGGCUUCGUCGACGACGUACGUAUCAUGGGACAUCAGAGAGACGAGUAGAGAGGUUUCUCGGCUGGGAAGCCCAAGGUCGCAGCACCAUCGUUCCCAAUGGACCAGACACAUGUCGCCAGGAUCGGCCACAAACCGCGACAUCGAAAUAUAUUCGAGGAGGGAGCCAUCUCUUCCACAGCCGCUAUGCAAUCUUGCAUUGCCGGAAGUUAGACAACAGCUUGAGGUGAAAGACACAGAGAGCAGUUAAAAGCUCUGGACGGGCGAUCCCUCCUACCACAGGAGGUGAUGCUCAAGAAUUUCUCUCGAGUAAAAAAGAGCACAGGUAUGAUUACGAGUAUGAACUUAUUAUGUAUAGUAAUUUAGUCAAUUUAUUUAUUUGAUUUGAAUAUAAUAAUAGCUGAUAAUAAUCAUAUGAUUACGAGUAUGAAUUUGUCAUGUAAAUCAAUUUUUGUCAAUAUAUAUCAAAUAAUU